AUGGUAGCCCAUGUCGAAGAAGUCUGUGUGUCGGCCUCACAGCAGGGAAAGGGACUAGGUCUGAUCCUCAUCCAAGCCCUGAAUGCGACAGCGAAAGAUCUUGGUGUCGGAAAACUCAUCUUGAAUUGUAGCAAGGAGAAUAUCAAGUUUUAUGAGAAGUGUGGGUACUCGAUUGCUGGUCAGCAGAUGGAACUCAAAUGCAGUAGUUAG